CUCUUUCUGCGUUUUCUAGUUUACCACAUUCACGACUUGAGACUUCGCAACGGGUGAGGACUCGAGGACGUCAUUGACAAAGUGGGGACUCGAGGACGUCAUUGACAAAGGAGGCAGUCGUUAAACAUCUGCCGAGGACAAUGUCGGACGGAGAUGAGCCCGUUGCGAUCGAGGCGGAGGCCCCCGCCGUGGAGGCGGCCGCUGAGGCCCCCGCGGAGGCGAUGGACACGAUGACGGCGCUGCAGCGCGUGCUGAAGAAGGCGCUGGCGCACGACGGGCUGGCGCGCGGGCUGCACGAGUCCGCCAAGGUGCUGGAGAAGAGCAGCGCGCAGCUGUGCGUGCUGGCGCAGGACUGCGACCAGGAGGACUACAAGAAGCUCGUGCAGGCGCUCUGCCACGAGCACAACAUCAACCUCAUCCAGGUUCCGAGCGCGAAGACGCUGGGCGAGUGGGCGGGGCUGUGCAAGCUCGACUCCGAGGGCAAGGCGCGCAAGGUCGUUGGGUGCGCGUGCGUCGUCGUCAAGGACUAUGGCGAGGAGACGGAAGCGCUGAACGUGCUCAACGAGUACCUCAAGGCCAAGUAGACCACCCCGUGCUCUGGAGUCCAGAGAGUCAUGCAGCAUUUGCCACUGCUACCCGUUGGGUGCCUGAAGCAUGCAAUUUUUUGCUCUUGAGAUAUAUUUACAUAUUUGCCUACCUGCUCAGUCCCUUCUGCUCAGUCCGCUGAAGUUGCCCUAUGAGCUUACAGGGGCACGUCUCUGGUGCUCGUUCCCUGUCAUGUAAAUGUCACCACUUGCUGGGCCUUUUUGACUCCACACAUAGUAACAAGCCACAUGCACUGCAAGGAAGAAACUGUGACGUUAAUGCCCAACAUGGGUCAACUGGUGUGCUAACUGGGAUUGAGGGUUUAUUCG